AUGCCGAAAUCAAAAUCAAAAACAGACAAACACCACCGUCUGAACGCGCUUGGUCGCUCUAUGACCGAUUUGCACCACCAGUUUAGUUCACACAGACGGAAAGAACACAUUAAACGGGCUGAACGACGAUACAAGACACACCCUAGGCACCAGAAGAACAACCAUCCUAUUCCGAAACCCAAGGGCCGCGCAGGGCGAAAAGAUGGCUACAAGUUAAUCGAGGCUAUGGGUCUGGUGGACAGGAAGGAACACUACAAUGCGCUCGUCGAUAGGGUACAUAUGCUUGCCGACAGGUAUCUGAAAGACAAUGUGACGAUCUUGGGUCAAGACAAACUUCUGGUCCAGAAUAUCAUGCGAAAGCACCGCUUGGCAGACUUGGUUGAUACUGGUGACAGCUCAGAUUCUGAUUCCAAUGCGACAGAUUUGGACUUGGACUCCACGGAUUCAGACUCGGACUCCAUGCAUUCAGAAUUGGACUCCCGCCAACGACAUCAUGAUACUGCAUCAGAGGAUGAGGAGACCGAUUUUCAAGGAUUCGGUAAUAGUAACUGUCACCAGACAAAGAAGGCACGUCUCACCCAGAUCGGCAAAAGGUUGCCCCGGAAGCCACCUACAUCUAAGCUGGCAGCCUUGACGUCCUCACAGAAGGCUCCGUCGAAGAAAUCUUCUAACAUGCGCAUGGUACGGAAGUCCAAAGCUCCACAAUCACGACUGAAACCCAAGGAAACUGAAUCCGUGAAACAGUUCGGCAAGAGAAAGGACAAAGAUGAGGAUUAUUCAGAUUCUGACGUACCGACUAUAAAAUUCAGAAGGCUCAAGAGAUACGACAGCGCUCGUGAUAAAACAGGGAGCAAACAAGUCAGUGUUCCUGAGCCAGAUGAGCCUGCCCAAGAUUUGGGGCUGGAGGCACUCGACAACACCAACACAUCUGAUCGGAUCUCUGGAGCUUCCUCUAUCUUUGACUCUCCUGCUCGUGAUGCACAUCCUUCUGUCUUUGAUCAGGAUUCUGAUGACGACGAACUCGAACCACUGGAUGACUGCGAUGACAACAGCAAAUUUGUCUCUGCUCACGAUAUUCCUACGAUCUGCCCGAAGCACCAUUGCAAUGACGAAAUACCUCGCAGCCCAUCUUCGAAGCUGUACGAUGCCUUGGAAAACUAUGUCAAGCUGACUCGCACGCAGGGACAUUCGACUGUCCGGUCUCUAACGCUCUCGUUCAGCAUUUGCGCGAUGAUCAAGGAUGGAGUGCAACGAGAAAUCCACCUGAACGACGCGGUUGAACGAGGAUGGCCUGUACUCGAAGUGGAUUUUACUCAAAUUCCUGCCCGUGUGUACGAGCUGAAGGAGAGACUCGACAUAAUCAUUUUUGCCUCACCUUCUUCGAUUCAUGACCUCAAGGCGUCUCCUUUUAGCGACUUCCUCGAGGAUAUGGCUGCAGAUAAUUUCACUCUUCAACGUCUUGCGGAUGUUCCCAUCUUCAACAAAGAGAGCAGGAUCCUUGCGAACGCGAUGCCAGGAUACUACGGACCUAAAGGCAAAGCCAUCAUCAAGGCAUCACUACUCCGCAUGUACCCUCCAGAAUUCACGCCCAGCAAUCUCUUCAACCCAUUGAGGACCGAAAAGUUCCUCGAGUACUUUGGCGUUCGUCUUGUCGGAGCUGAGUUAAUCUCGAGAGACCUUGGUGUGGAUAUGAGCGAGGCCUGUGGUAUCGCUUCGCAAAGUCUUCCUCAUGGAGCUUACCUUUUUCCGGAUGACGACGAUGACAUUGAACUGGACGAGAUCCUGCACAGUAUCAUGCUUGGUGUAUGGGACGAUCGGCGGGAAAGGGCAAAGCUUAAUGAGGCUAAGGAGAAGCAGCGUCCAACAAAUGGUGUAGCGCAGCCAAGUUGGAUGUUAAAAAUGUUCAGAGAUACUCCAAGUCCGACGCAGAACGAAGAUGUCACUGAUCCUGUCGUGCGGAGGAAGCCAAAGAAGGUAGUGCAGACUGUAGCGCCAACGAAGACCCACCAGACACGCUUGCGGACUUCUACAACUCACGGCCAUGCAUGA